CACGAAGAUGCCUGACAAUACCGGCCGUGACGCCCGGAUGAAGAAGGAGCAAAUAACCAUCAGCGAAGACGACAAAAAGCGAAUCGUCGAUGUGGUGACACAGCUGAUGAAGGACGCAAAUCUCAACAGCGAGCAGGCAAACGCGAUCGGCUUCGUCAUGCCCGGCACGGACGGUGAGCCGGAAAAGUUUGUCCUGCUGUCCGACUUGGAACGUUCGCUCGAGGAUAUGGCGCUGGUGCACGAGAUAGCCAUCAACGAAAAGUUUCAGCUGAAACCGCCCAACCCCGAUAUGCCAGUGUACGCGGUGCAGCAAACGGUGAAGGACGCUUACUGGGAUCUGUUGCGCGAGGAGCUGUCGCAAUCGCCACCCGUCUACCGGAUGGUGAUACAGCUGCUUCUCGAUAUAAAGCAAACGUUCAUUACGCUGCUGCGCGGCAACAAUGACGGUGCGCUGAGCGCGAUCAUGGUAGUGCUGGACGAGUCGAGCGUACGCAAGCUGACCGACGAGCACGGCGCAGCGGUGCUGGAGCACAACGCACAGUUCAUCAUGAAGAUCAUGGCUAUGGCUUGCUGUCCGGCGCGGGAUGCGGAGGUAGCGGCGCUGAAGCGCGAAACCGAACCGAUCAAGCAGCUGCGCGGCAUAAUGGAGGUGCUGGACCGGAUGAAGCUGGACAUGGCGAACUUUAUGCUGGCCAGGACGCGCGCCCAGUUUGUGCAAUAUUCCGUCGAGUACGAGCGCAAAAAGUUUGCCGAACUGCAGGCGGUCUGUGGCAACAACUUUCCCGCCACGAUGGACUGGCUGAAGCGCAACAAGCCGUCGACGACGGUCGAUACCGAGGAAGCAGCUGCUGCCGGUGGUAGCGGUACGCAGGAUGCGCGCACGUUUCGGCUGCGUGAUGUCCUGCUGCCGGACUAUUACAUUGAUGCGUACCAAGAAUUGCUGCAGCCAGAUUCGACGAACCACCAAUUCCCGGAGCUGCUCAAGCUAGACCAGGAGCGCAUGGUACAGCUGCGGGAGGAAGCACUGCAGUUGAGCACCUGCGCCACCGUUAUGCAGCUCACGUGUGCCGCCAUACCGACGCUCGCUAACCAUACGCAGCGUCGCAGUGACCUUGCCGCCAAGCUGACCAUCCUGAGCGCGGACUACCCGGGCAAGGUGGUGCUGAAGGAGUUGCUCGAAAGCCUCUGGGUGCAGGUGCUCGCCGGCAUAUCCGACGCUGGCGGUGAUGUUGCCGAGGGCACCAAGCUGGCACUAAAGACACAGAUCCUUAGCAUCGAUACGAACAUGACCGUGUACGACGUCGUCUGGCGCAAGCUGAUGCUGUACAUGAAGGCGUGCGUUAUGGCGGAAAGUGAGCAAAGCGCAUCGUAUCCGGUCAUUUUCCGCGACUACUGUGAGGCGACGAUCGAGCUGGUGCGCCAGUUUAAGCGGAUUGUUACACACAAUCUGGAGGUAUACGGCACAUUCUACAUGAAAUCGAUGCAGGACUGUUAA